AUGAAGUUCCUGUUAAACUGCAGAAGGUGCAAGAUCAUUCCACCAUGCCUUAAGUCCAAAGACCACCUGAAGCUGGACAACGAGGCGUCAAGACGAGAACUGGAGAAAGUGACAUGGCGACAUCAAAUCCGUCUUCUGAGCGUGAUGAUCGCUGAUACCAAGCGCACGAUGGCGAGUACCAAGAAAGCGAAACAAUCGAUGGACCGUAAGAUGGAGGAAAAGUUUGAUCAAAGGGAUGCAGAAAGAGUACGGAAGAUGGUGAAAGAGAAAACUGCAACCGUCUACAGAAAAGUGCGAACGAGGGAGAUAAGAAAAAUGGCCAGAAUGAAGGCUGUUCGAAUAACAGAAAUGAAUAGUGAAUCCAAUUGGAUUGAAAACACAACGUCUGCGGAAAUCCCCGAUUAUGUAGAACGAACUCUUAUGCUGGGACCAAACUUCAACAUAGAGGACAACAGAGAUCUUCCUUACAUCGAAUUGGUAGCGAGUAUUGAGAAAGCCAUCCAAUGCAAGGAGAACGCAGAGGAAAUAAGGUCAGAAGUCUCCAAUGCGAUGAUCAACCACAUCAAUUACCAGCGACAACCCCGUCACCCCCCGGAAGAAUGGAUUCGAAAGGACGUCAUCAAAAGCAGGAAAUACCUGAAGGAGAAUCCGAAUCUGGUGGUAACAAAGGCAGAUAAAGGAAGCAAAACAGUUAUCUUGGACGCUGAAGAAUACCACAGCAAGAUGCAGAGCCUUCUCGAAGACGAAAGCACCUACAAGAAGUUACCGUCGAAUCCAACGAACAAGAUCCUGAGGAAAAUCAACGGUAUAAUCGAUAUGUGGCAUAGAAGUGGAUAUAUCGACUUCCGUAUCCAACGGAAAUUGAAAGAAUCCAGUUGCAACCCACCCAGGAUAUACGGGCUUCCGAAAACACACAAGGAAAACAGACCAAUGCGCCCGGUAGUUUCCACGAUAGGAUCGGCAACAUACAAAAUAGCCCGAUACCUGUCGGACAUAAUUGGAAACGUGGUCGGAAAAACGAAUUUCCACGUACGCAACAGUUUUGAAUUCGCAGACCAAAUAACAGGAGUGCAGACGGACGAAGGAGAGGUCUUGUUUUCCUUGGACGUCGUAUCUCUUUACACAAACGUGCCAGUCGACUACGCGCUACGAUGUCUGGAGGAAAGGUGGACCGAAAUCGAACAACACACGAACAUAGACAAGGAAAGCUUCAUCGAAGCAGUAAAGGUAGUUCUGGAGUCAACCUUUUUCGUGUACCGAGGGACGGUAUACGCACAAACGUUCGGAGUUCCAAUGGGAUCGCCACUAUCACCGGUCAUCGCCAAUGUCGUAAUGGAAAAGCUGGAACAGGAGAGCAUAAGCAAUCUGGAGACAAAACAAAUACACAUGAAGGUGUAUAGAAGGUACGUCGACGACUGUUUGUGUGUAGCCAGGAGAGAGCACAUCGAAACGAUCGUGGAUACAUUCAACAGCUUCCACGAAAGACUGCAAUUUACAGUGGAGUACGAGAAGGAUGGGAAAAUUAAAUUCCUGGAUAUGAUGCUCGAACGGGAGGCUGACAAAAUAACAACGGCAUGGCUCCCCAAACAAACGGAUGGCAGGUACCUGGACUUUAACUCGAAAAGUCCAUUCCAACACAAGGAAAAUACCGCGAUAGCCCUAAUUGAUCGAGCGAUCAAGCUGUCCUGCGGAUUUUCUCCGCAGGAAGCACUCGAUCAAGCCACAAGGAUUCUGCGGAAAAACAACUAUCCGACCUGGUUUGUAAACAGAGUGAGGAAAAAACGAGUUCACAAACACUACAACACAAUGGAAGAAAGAACGACGUCGGACCAACCCCAAAAAUAUGCAUCCGCCCCCUACAUACCAUGUCUGAACGAGAAGCUGAGAAAAAUCCUGCAAAAACACAACGUGAUCCUGGCUUCCCGACCGCAAAACAAAAUAAAAAAAUUAAUGUUCAGUAAGAUGAAGGAUCCGAUACCACCAGGCAAACAGACGAAUGUGGUGUACUCCAUACCGUGUGGAGCCGAAGACGGGAAGGUGUACAUCGGGCAAACUAAACGUAUGCUGGAGGUACGAAUUGCGGAACACAAGAACGACAGUAAAAAGAGAGUUCCCAAAUCUGGCCUUGCAGUACACACGAUCGAGGAAGGGCAUGUGUUCGAUUUCGAUAGCACAACGAUUUUGGAACGAAUCGAACACCCAGAUACCAGGAUGAUCGCGGAGGUGUUCCAUAUUAAAAAGCUAGGCGAACAGCAGACGGUAAAUCUCCAGCGAGAGUGCGGGAAUUUCAACACGACGUACAAUGGACUAUUGGCCCGACUACGUGGAGAAACCCGAGCUCGAACGAGAGAGAGAACGAAUGACGUCGAAAACGAACCGAACAGAAUGGGUGUCGAAUAG